UCCACAAAACAAAUUCGUACUCUCGUAUUCUCUUUAUUAUCGGUUUCUGCGAACUUUUAUGUUCCAGCGAUAUAUGGAUAAUUUAUAAGCCCUGUAAUAACCGGAUUUAUUACACAUAGAGCUAGAAAAGUAUAGCAAUCGCCAUGCUAUUAACACUAGCUUUACUGGGCGUGGCCAUAUUUCUGGCCUAUAGUUUCUACCACAAUUCCUACACCUACUGGGCCCGGAAGGGAGUGCCUCAUGAGCCUCCACUGCCUCUUAUCGGAAACUUGAAGGGAAUCGGGUCGAAGUACCAUUUCCGGGACAUCAACCAGAGGAUCUACGAUAAAUUCAAGGGCAAGGCUCCCUUUGCGGGAAUGUUCAUGUUCUUCAAGCGAACAGCAAUGAUCACCGACCUGGACCUCAUCAAGCAGGUGCUUGUCAAGGAUUUUCAUCACUUUCAGGAUCGCGGCGCCUUCAACAAUCCGCGCGACGAUCCCCUGACAGGACACCUGCUGACUCUUGAGGGCGACGAGUGGAGAUCGAUGAGGCAGAAGCUCACUCCUGUUUUCACCUCCGGAAAGAUGAAGCACAUGUCGGGAGUGGUUGUGGAGGUGGGUCACCGCCUGGCCGAUGCCAUGGACAAGGCAGUUAAGGAGGCCCAAGUGGAGGACAACGAUGUGGAGAUCAAGGAUCUCUGUGCCCGCUUCACUACGGACGUCAUUGGUUCGUGUGCUUUUGGGCUGGAGUGUUACAGUCUGCAGGAUCCCAACGCCGAGUUCCGUGAAAAGGGUCGCAUGGUCUUCGAGAAGCCCCGCCACUCCAUGCUUGUGCAGGCUUUUAUAUUCACCAAUGCCAAGCUGGCUAAGAAGUUGCGUAUGAAGGCUCUUCGUGAUGAUCUGACCGAUUUCUUCCUGUCGGCGGUGAAAAACACAGUCGAAUAUCGCAUCAAAAACGGCAUAAAGCGAAACGAUUUCAUGGAUCAACUAAUAGAACUUAGAGCCGAGGACCAAGAAGCGGCUAAGAAGGGUCAGGGGAUCGACCUGUCCAAAGGGUUGACCCUGGAGCAAUUGGCAGCCCAGGCCUUCGUCUUUUUCGUGGCUGGAUUCGAAACAUCCUCCAGUACUAUGGCGUUCUGUUUAUACGAACUGGCGCUGCAACCCGAGAUUCAACAAAAGGUAAGGGAGGAGAUUAAUUCUGUUCUAGAAGGGGAGGAGAUCACCUACGACGCUCUAUCAGCAAUGAUCUAUUUGGAACAGGUGCUGGCGGAAACACUUCGGAAACAUCCCAUUGUUGCGCAACUUUUGCGAGAAACCAAUGAGAGCUAUAAUGUUCCCAAUACGGAGUUGGUCAUAGAGAAGGGAACUACUCUUCUGAUACCCGUUCACAACAUUCACCAUGAUGCCGAUUUAUAUCCUGACCCGGACCGUUUCGAUCCCUGUCGCUUUGAUCCGCAGGAGUCGAAGUCCCGUCAUCCAUUUUCCUAUUUGCCCUUUGGCGAUGGACCCCGAAAUUGCAUUGGUUUUCGUUUUGGAAAAAUGCAAGCCAAGAUUGGUCUUGUCUCCCUGCUGCAACGCUUCAAGUUUGGAAUUUCAAAACUAACCGAGGUUCCCCUAACCCUGGACACCCGCAGUCCUACUUUGGCCACCAAGUACGGCAUUCACUUGAAAGUAGAACGCAUCUAGCCACCGAUUUUGAGAAUAUUUAAUCUUCUUUCUUCGAAUGUAAGCGCCAACGGUGCAAACUUUUUUAAACAAUGUUUGAUUACCCCUUAUCAACAGACAUGGUACCACUAAAAAGCUAAAGUGGUUUAUCUUAAGUGUUUGUGCCGCCAUAAUCGUACUUUUUAUUGAUGUUUUUGUUUUAAGUUGCUAAUAAAUAAAUCAAUUAAUAAAAAUUGUA